UGUAGACAACCACAAAUUUCUGAGAGGAAAGUUUUUACCUAAAAACUUGAAAUCAUCGAAAAUCAGAAGCCCAAAAAAUGCAGCAACUUUAAUUAGGAUAAUGAGUUAAGUAUUGUGUGACAACCUAUAGAAGAAAUAUAACGCUAAACAUCGGGAAAACCUUCUGUGUAUUUUCGGUAAGUCAAUGGUAUUUACCUGGUGAGCGAUACUCAUUCUGUUUAUGAACAUACAUUUAACAAUGUCGGAUAUCUCCAAGAAACGGGCACUAGAUAAAAUGGACAGUACUGACGAGAGUAUGGAGCAAGGUGAUCAAAGUAAUCAGAAACCGGAAGAUUUUCAGUUAAGGGAUAUAAUGCAGGGCAUUGCAAGUAUUCAGACUACUUUGGCGAAUUUUAUGUUACGGCUCGAUGGACAAGGUCGACACUUAGAUGAAAUUACGAAAGAAAUCAGAGCAAAAAAUGGCAUUCAAGAAAGACUUGAAACUGUUCAAGAACAGGCUAAUGACACAAUAUACCUUGUGACAGAACUACAGGAUAACCAGAAAAAAAUGGAACGUGAAAUGAACAGACUCAAAGAUUAUGUAAUUCGUCUUGAAUACCGUGUAAAUUCACAAAGUAACCAAAUAGUUGAUCUCAAGCUUAUCUUUACCCAGAGUAAUUCAAUCUACAGAGAGAAAGUAGGAUCUCUUCCAACGGCAGAUGAGGUGAUUUCCAGCGACGCAGUCAAGAUUACCGUUAACCCUGGAAAGUCAAUUGAGGACAACGGAAACCGGUUUAUGGCGCAUUCCACCCAAGUCGAUUCCUAUAAACAGAUUAAACGAUCAUUAGUGGAAAUCAUGCGUAUCGAAACCGUACCCAGCGCGAGCCAUAACGUUUAUGCUUAUCGCUUCACAAGCAGUGAUGGGAUAAUCCAUGAAGGAUCAAAUGAUGACGGGGAGCAUGGUGCGGGAAGGUUACUUUUAAAAAUGCUUGCCGAAAACGAAGUUAACAACGUACUGGUGGUUGUCUCUCGAUGGCAUGGAAACAAUAUUGGACCUCGUCGAUUUUCCCAUAUCAAAGAAGCAGGUCUUAGUGCGGAAUUAAUGUGA